GGAAUGCCGUGCUGUGGCCCGCUCUCCCUGUGAUUCACUCCCUUCUCUCUGUCUCCUCUAGCCCUUCAGUCGACCAGCAUCUCUCCCUGACAGUCUGGAGCACAGAGAGAGUCCACUCCCGGUAUUUGGGAGGUAUGGGGCGGUUUCCGUCUUUUAGGAGAUUUCUCUUUUUCUGGGAGCAGAGGAAUCACUUCCAGAAUGGAGAAAACAAGCCUCUUAUUUCAAAGGGAGAUGUAAGAAACGCAGAAGCUGCCUCAUCUGUCUCGUAUCUGGGAACGCAGGACAGUUCAGGAAGUCAGACGAGCUCGACUCUAUCCAGUCAUGAAGACUCAACCAGAGCUUCAUCAAAGAACAUCUUCACCUCACGAGCUCUCAGUCCGUCCAGCUGGAGUAAUUACAUCUUCAAGUAUCUCCUGGUCACGAGCAACCUGCUCUUCACUGUUCUUGGUCUGGUCACGCUGGUCGUGGGCCUCUGGGGCCUGAUCAACAAAGAGUCCUUCGCUCAGGAGAAGAUCAGCGGUAUCGGGACGGACCCCAUGCUGCUCUUCUGCUUCCUGGGUCUCGUUCUGGCCCUGCUGAGCCUGAUGGGAUGUGUGGGGGCGCUGCGGGAGAACAUGUGUCUGCUUCAGACCUUCUCGGCUGCAGUCCUGGUCCUGGUGGUGUUGCAGGUUCUGGUGGCUGUUGUGUUGUACAGUCUGCAGGGUCAGAUCGUGGAGUACUUGCGCUCGGGCAUGUUGGCCGCUAUGGUGCGGUACCAGGACGACCUGGACCUGAGGUUCAUCACUGAUGAGAUCCAGACGGGCCUGCAGUGCUGCGGGGCCGAUACCUACAGAGACUGGGAAAUCAAUGUGUAUUUCAACUGUUCGGCUCCAGGGGUCCAGGCGUGCGGAGUGCCCCCCUCAUGCUGUAUAGACCCCCUAGAGAACGGGACGGUGUGGAACAGCCAGUGUGGAGUCGGUGCCCAACAGCUGGACGAGUUCUCGGCCCAGAGCGUGAUCUUCCUGGGCGGCUGUCUGGGCAGCAUCUGGCGCUGGAUCGAGCAGCACAGCGGAGUGAUUGUUACGGCAGUCAUCAUUGUGCUGGGCGUCCAGAUACUCACUCUGUUCAUAACGGCCCGUCUGCUGCAGAGCAUACGGUGGAGCAGAGCUCAGCAUGAUGUGUACCUACAAUCACUGCAAUGAAUGGAUUCAGAU